AUGAAGACAGUGCCGAGGCCUUCACCACAGCCUCAGUCACAGCCAUCGAGGGGAGGUGCGAGGCCACAGGUGGCGGGUCGGGUGUACGCUGUCACUAGUGCCGAGGCAGCUAGAUCAGGUAACCUCAUCAUCGGGUCUUGUGUGAUAGCUGGUAGGAGCUUGCAUGUUCUAGUGGUGGAAUUGGGUCUUCCGGUGAAGGAGCUCCAGUAUGACCUGGUGGUGUCCACACCUGCUUCUGGGUUGGUCAGAACCUCGACCGUGUGUGCUAGGUGCAAGAUCGAGGUUGAGGGGCAUGAGUACAGGGUGGACAAGGCAAUAAAGGAAGGGUCUCAAUGCUUCUUGAUUCUGACUCAGUUAUCCGUGGAGACUGAGGAUGGACCCAUGGAGGCGCCUGUAGUGGGGGAUUUCUUAGAUGUGUUUCCUGAGGAUGUGCCUGGCCUACCCCCUACUAGGGAGAUAGAGUUCUCCAUUGACCUGGUGCCAGGAGUAGGGCCAGUGUCCAUAGCACCCUACAGAAUGGCUCCUGCUGAGCUAGUGGAGUUGAAGAAACAGAUUGAAGAGCUACUAGAAAAAUAG